AUGUUUGAAGGAGCAGCUGAUCCGUGUAACCAUGGACAGCUUUGCAAAGGCUCCUCGGAGACCAACUCCGUGCUCUGGGGCGCGGUGAGGAGCCUGCCCUGCCCCGUCCGCAGGUCUGGGCAGCACCGGGGGCUCCUGGCAACCCCCGCCCGCUCCCUCCUGCUGCCGGCCCGGGACACCCUGCCCGGGAAUGGGCUCCGGGACACCCUGCCCGGGAGCGGGCUCCGGGACACCCUGCUGGGGAAUGGGCUCCGGGACACCCUGCCCGGGAAUGGGCUCCGGGACACCCUGCUCUGGAAUAGGCUCCGGGACACCCUGCUCUGGAAUGGGCUCCGGGACACCCUGCUCUGGAAUGGGCUCCGGGACACCCUGCCCGGGAAUGGGCUCCGGGACACCCUGCCCGGGAAUGGGCUCCGGGACACCCUGCCCGGGAAUGGGCUCCGGGACACCCUGCCCGGGAAUGGGCUCCGGGACACCCUGCUCUGGAAUGGGCUCCGGGACACCCUGCUCUGGAAUAGGCUCCGGGACACCCUGCUCUGGAAUGGGCUCCGGGACACCCUGCUCUGGAAUGGGCUCCGGGACACCCUGCCCGGGAAUGGGCUCCGGGACACCCUGCCCGGGAAUGGGCUCCGGGACACCCUGCUCUGGAAUAGGCUCCGGGACACCCUGCCCGGGAAUGGGCUCCGGGACACCCUGCUCUGGAAUGGGCUCCGGGACACCCUGCCCGGGAAUGGGCUCCGGGACACCCUGCUGGGGAAUGGGCUCCGGGACACCCUGCUGGGGAAUGGGCUCCGGGACACCCUGCCCGGGAAUGGGCUCCGGGACACCCUGCUCUGGAAUGGGCUCCGGGACACCCUGCCCGGGAAUGGGCUCCGGGACACCCUGCUGGGGAAUGGGCUCCGGGACACCCUGCUCGGGAGCGGGCUCCGUUACCGAGCUCAGCUCGGAGCAGCCCGGUUACCGAACUCACCCCGGGCCGGUCUCCGCUGGCUGAGCUGGGGACAGGGGAGCGGUGGCCACUGCUCAGAAUCCUUUCCAGACCGAGCCCAUUUAUAUUGUUAUUCAGAUCCCUCCUGGUUGCUAGGCUGCCAAAACGAUGCAGUAACACUUGGUUUUGUUUUCCAGCAGGCCAUGUCGGUUCUUCCAGAUCUUCACCUGCAUUAUGUGCAGACCUGUCAAAAUUUGAGCCAGCCUGAAAACCCCUUCAUUGCUCGUGUGCUUCAAGAAGCUGAUAAAAAUGAUGAAAUAAGUACAAAAGGAAUCACACUAAAAUUAGCUGGAAAUAAUCAUCUGGUGCCUGUGCCGAGGGUUACAGAUGACGAUCUUGGAGUUCUUGUCUCUGUCUUAGGCCAAGCUGCCUUUGUCACAGGCUUGGAUCUUGCCUAUAAUUUAUUGACUGAUGCUGGAGCAAAGACCUUGGCAACAUUCCUCCAGGAAAACUCCACUCUGCGGUACCUGAACCUGAUGUUCAAUGACAUUGGCACAAGUGGGGCAGAGCUGAUAGCAGGAGCACUCCAUAGCAAUCAAAGUCUUGUGCAUCUGAGAAUGACUGGAAACAAAAUAGGAAACCAAGGUGGGAUGUUCUUUGCUUCAAUGCUAAAAAAUAACUCAACCUUAGAGAAGUUGGAUCUUGGAGACUGUGAUGUGGGCCUGCAGUGUCUGACAGCAACAGCCAUAGCACUGACUCAAAACAAAUCACUCAAAGCCAUAAACCUAAAUCGUCCUUUGCUAUCCAGCCAACAGGAAGAGUCCACAGUUCAUAUAGCUCGGAUGUUGAGGAGUAAUUCUUCUCUUGUGGAACUACAUUUGGGCAAGCAUGAAAUGAAAAGCUUUGGUGUAGAGCAACUGUGUGAAGCCCUGUAUGGAAACUCCAGCCUGAAAUACCUUGACCUUAGCUGUAAUAACAUAAUCUGUGAUGGAGUGAAAUUUUUGGGAAAGCUACUAAAAAAGAACCAAACCCUGGAGAUCCUGGAUCUUAAUGCAAACCGAAUAGAAGAUGAUGGAGCCAUUUACCUGAGUGAGGCCUUGUCAACGUGGAACAGGAGUCUGCAGGUGUUGUCUGUUGUAAGCAACAAUAUAACUGGCAAAGGACUUUUAGCUCUUGCACAUGCAAUACAAUCCAACAUGAAACUUUCCCAUAUUUACAUCUGGGGCAACAAAUUUGAUAAAAGUACCCGUGUGGUAUUCUCGGAGCUGAUCGGGAUGGGCCGCCUGGAGCAGGGCUGCACAGACGUGGCUCCCUACGAGGUGGAUGGUGAGGUUUUCCUGGCAGAGAUGUCCCACGGGCUGGGCAAGCACCGCUACUGGGCCCCACGCUGCGCCACCGUGGCCCCCAACGCCGCCAAUGCCAGCCUGGCCAUCCUCCCUGUCUCGGAGUAUUUGUGAGUGAGGCAGCACCCUGGGGCACUCCCUGCGCCUGAGCUUUCCCUACUUAGUGUCUAGUAAAAUAGUUUAUAUCAGUCUCAGACUUGCUGCAUGUUGUUUCUUUGGGGUUUGAGUCUAGGAGGAAUCUACCUCUGCCUGAAAUGGCA